AGAUUGAAAGGACGGCUCCCGUUUGGAGCGCAGACAUUUCGCCGUCGCAGCGAGCGGCAGUAAAAGUGGUGCACUAUUGGUUUUCACUGAAUAAAAGCUGUUGAACCCUGAAAAAAAGAAAGAUAAACAUGGCGCGGCACAAUGUCCAUACCUUGGGCCUUGGCGUUCGGUUAACGGGCCGUCAAGGCAGAGAGGGAGCAGAGGUGGGCAGGCGGCCCCCAGGUGGCAGCCGCAGAGGUGGCGGUGUGGCACGUGAAAUUCGGCGGGCGAAGGUGACCCGGCUGGCGUACGCAACGCAAGCGACCCGGCAGUUUCGAAUCCUCCGAAAGCCUCAUUUAAAGCCCACGGCACCACUCUCCGUCCUCCUCGAUGCUCCCACCCCACCCCCCGCCGCCGCCCUCUGUUCUUCGCCUUCCCCCCUCCCCGUCUCUCCUGGCCCCAACCGCAAUGGCCAAGCGGAGGUUUCUUCUCGCUCUCCUCCUGGUCACGGCCCUCCUCGCGCUCUCCCUUUCGCAAGGGCUGGUGGAAGCGCGGAAGGUGCAGGUGCUGCGUGCGCUGCGGCACAACGACGAGCGGCGCGCGGCGCCCCUCGGCGGCCGCCUGCUGCCGGAGGAGAUGGCGUACACGACCAUGGACUACGGGCCCCCCACGGCCAACACCAACACCCACGGCGGCAUGGUCCCGACGCCUGCAGACCCCUCCUCGCCGCCGACGCACUGAUCGGAUCAUCGGCCCCACCGGCGACGACUGUCUUGUUGCGCGUAUAUAUACUACUGUUAUUUGGGAUUGGAAGAGAAAAGGGCGAAGCCAGAAGGGGAGGGGAUCGGAUCGGAUCGGAAGAAGCUGUUCUUCUCCCUUGACGCGCGUGUUGCGUUGUGUUGUAUUCUUGUGGUGUUUGCUGUAGCUGUAGCUGUUGUUGCUUUUGCUUGGUUGAUUGAAGUUGGAACUGUUAGUGGGUCCAUAGUAUUAUGUUUGGUGAGAUGUCAGCUCUGAUCAGAGUGAACUGAACUCCUCGUUGAAUCUUGUUUGUUUUGUACGGUGAAUUGUACGUACGUCCGUUGAAUUUUGUCUGAAUUUUGUCCCCUCUGUA